GAAGUUAGGACGUUCAGUACGUCAGUUAAAGCUGUGUAUGUAUGUAUGUAUGUGGUGGGGGGAAUGGUCAAGGGGUUGCUGUGUGUGUGUGUGUGUGUGUGCAGCAUCAGCAGGAGUGGGGAAGGGGAGAGGGAUGAUGUACAUACAUACAGAUACAGGAGAGGAAGAGGAAGGGGUUACUUCAACAGGUGUACUAAAGCACAUUGGCAUCCUGAAGAAAUAUCCGCUACUGCAAGUUUGCUGUAGUUGUAUCAUGCAUCUGUAUGUGUAUAUGUAUGUAUGCAUGUAUAGCAUUAUGCUGAGAGUUCUUGUGAAAAGCUGCAUGAAGCCCGGUGCGCAUCUGUAUGUGUGUAUGUUUAUGUAUGUAUGUAUAUCUGUAUAUACGUGUGUGUGAAUGGGGGGCAUGGCUCGUUCUGCUGCGGCGAUGACGACGGCGACGACGACGUUGUGCUUAACCUCGUGUGGCUGAGUAUCGAAGUCAAGUCCACGCGCGACAUCGCCGCUGGCGUUGAGCCUUUCAAGUCCCUUCAGCCACCUCGAAAACAAGCCCAGACAACAUGUAAAAUAUCUUGCAGCAGGCACCUCUUAUACGAAGGAACUUUGGUCGCGGUCAAGGCCGUAGGAGACGCCGACGAUGGCCGCCCUCGCGCUCUCGCGAACGUGCAACUCGUGGUGGCCUGGCCUGAAUAUCUAUUCCUGCAGCAGCAACAAGAAGGACUCGAAACAAGCGACCUAUCUCCGGCCCACGUGCUUGCCAAGGUGGUCACGCUUCGCGUGGACCGCCUGCCCCAGGCUCUCCCCGAUGUCCGCAACCCCAAUAAGCCGCCCUUAUCCCCAAGUACCGUGUCCUCUCAACCCACAUCCCCCACAGCUGAUCCAACAACAUCACUACCCUCAUUUCAGCAGCCACAGCUUCCCACAAUCUCCCUUCCCCCCGGCCUAGAGCCCGGCUCCACCCUUCAAUGUAAUAGCGCCGCGCCCGUAUCCACCGCACAUUCUACCUCGUCUCUAUCAACCAUAUCUCAGCGCCGAAACCCUACCUCCACCACCAACUCCCGGCGCGGGCAGCUAUUGAACAAGGCUGCUGGGGGAGAUGCCGCCGGCCCGCUACCGCCGUCGGCGACACCCUCCCGUACCAUUACGCCAGCACCCUCCAAGUCUGCAGUCCUGCCUCCAAUUGCACACGUCACCGCCACCGUCGAGACCGCUGCGGCGGCGGCGGGACCUCCGCCGAGCAGCGGCGCCGCCGCAGCGGCGUCGGCGGCGGGUGGUCCCCGAGCCGACGGCUUUUUCCUCCUGGCAUCUCAGUGGUCCGGCACAGCACGAGACGGGCCCUGCGGUGGGCUGCAUCUGCGCAGCUGCGCGCCUCCUGGAGCUGUAGCCCCGGCGGAGACCGGGCCCCAGGCACUAACCCUAGAGCUACUGCCGCAACCUUUUCUCUUCCAUUUCGCACUGGUGUACCGGCGAGACGAGGCGACCGCGUUCCAGAGUGAGGUGCUCCACCAGCUGGGGUCAUUGGUACGACGGACGCGGCCGUUGCGGGUGUACGAUAUGACUGCGGGGGGAAAAGUAGCGGCGGCACCGCCGUCGGCUACUAUCGCCGUGUCCAGCCGGCCGGACCUUAGCACGUCACAUCACCGGGCGACGCCGCCAACACCGUCAAGUUCAAAGAAAAGACCAUCAUCGUGCAGUGCACCGUCCACACCAGGAGGCGUCGCUGAUGACGGGACUUUUGGGUGCGGGAUGCUGGGUGGCGUGACGCUGGAUGCCGGUGGUGGUGACGGUGGCGGAGUGACCGCGGCCGCAAAUCUGUUGGUCCUGCUAAGUCCUGGGGUGUGGGAGUGUGAUGACGUGGUCUCCGCAGCGGAGGUCAUUCCGUACAGACUCCACUCUCACGCAGCGGCGGCGGCGGUGCGGCGCGUAGUACAGCUAGGUGGCUGCGGGGCACGGCUGGAGCGGGAGGCGGUGGUUAGCGAACUGGAGGCCUAUCUUGCCGCGUCAUCAGCGGACGCGCAGCCGCCACGACCGUAUCGCCCUACCGGCAGCUCGUCCCGCAAACUGAUCCCCGCCUUCUAUUACGAGGGCGUGGCGUUACGAGACCGCGGAGGCGGCCCCGAGGAGCCGUCCGCGGGCGCCGCCGCUGGCAGCGGCGGCGUUGGCGCCGCCGCCGGUACCCUCCAGAUCCGGAUGGAUCUGUCGUACGUUCCAUGGAUCUCAGAAUCGAUGCCGCCGUACAGUCGGACAAUUACGCUGCACUGGCAGCAGGAGGGAGUUGACAGAAGUGCCGGCAGUGGCGGUGGCGGCGGCGGAGGUACGGUAAUUCAGCUGGGGGAGGUCGCUCCAGGGAGCAGCUUUCGAGCCAGAUGGGAGGGACGAGUGGCUGUGAUCGGCGGCGAGAUGAGGCUGGCAGAAGACCGAGAUGACGUCAUCUUGAGGCCGCAGCCCUUCUUCUUCCAUUUCUACAUCGCGGGUGCACCAGAUACCGCCGCUUCAGGCCUCUGCAGCCAGCUCGCUAGCAGCCUACAUAAUCACAGCUGCCCAGGGCGUCGAGUACGACUGUACAACAGUUGUGGGCGACCGAAGGACGAGCGGUACGGCGCCAUGGACAGCAGUGCCGCAGUCCUUGCGGCGCUGUCGCGCGGCUCCUGGUCCGAUGACGCAUUUUGCGGCGAUCUCAAACGUGCGGCAGCGACGGGGCGGCGAGUGCUGUUCGUGUACGAUCCGGAUCCAGCAGCGGCCGACCACGUGAAUCCUGGAUCUGCCGCACGCGGUGCGCCGCCCGGGGUGAUCUCAGCGCUGCUGUCAGCGUCCGACAUUUAUCCGUACUUUAAGUCGUGCUGGUACGAGCAGAGCGCAUGUAUGUGGCAACUGUUACAGGCGGCGGGUUUUGCGCGGUGUGUACGGCAGCCACUGACUGAGGACGACAGCUUCCUGUACGAGCUUCAAGAGUCGCGGUGCGAGUUGGGCGGCUUGAUACUUCUUCGGGAGCGGCGCUGGGUUUACUACGAGGGUGUUGCAGGCAUGGCCGGCGCCAUGAUGCUGUCCAACUCGUACGGAGAGCUCCUCCGCCUGGUUCCCCAGUCCCACAUCUGGCACUACUUCCUGUCCUACGUUGAACAAGAUACUGCCGACGCAUGUGUCGUACUGGCCGUACGAUUAGGAGAGGUGUCGGUUCAGGGGCGGCGGUUGCGCUGUUGGUACGACAGCCAUGUCGGGGGCAGCAGUGCAGCCGCCAGAUGCCGGGAGGCACGGCGGCUGGGAGUUGAGCACUCACAGCAUUUCGUGUUGCUGCUGAGUCCGGGCGCCCUGGAGUCGCCGUACAUCAGAUUUGAGAUUCAGACCGCCCUAGACCUUCAUAAGAGCACGCUCGUCCUGUACGACCCCGACUCCCCUUCCCCCACCCACCUCGACCUCGCCCACCUUCGUGCCUCUGGACCGCAGCCAACUAGAUAA